AAUAAGUGCACUGAAUCGAAAGUGGAAAAUAAAGUGAUCCGAAUUAACAAAUAUAAAAUCAGAACUUAACAUACAAUGUGCACUAAGUUACCAGUUGCUGGUACAUAUAAACUAUUAUAUUACGGAAAUUGACGGAAAUAGCCGAAAAGAUGGAGGAUACAACUAUAUAUUUUGACGAUGGAGAAGAUAAAAGUGACAUCAUGCUUCUGAUGUAUUUGAAAAUAAUCGCCUGUAUUUUGUCUGGAUGUGGCGUAAUUUUCAACACAACUAUAAUUUUUAUUUUGCUGUCAAUAAAGGGCUCUCUUAAAACGCAUUUGAAAUUCCUGCUGAGUCUGUCAAUAUGUGAUUUACUUACAGGCGUGCUACACAUAGCUCUGUACUUUAAACCGUACGUGUGCUUUUGGAACAUAAAGGAAAGUGUAAGGCUUAACUUCAAACCUGACACUCUAGUGUUGGUUCUAUCUAGUUUUUACCUGAUUGUACAAUUUGCAACACUGGGGACAAUGCUGUUAUUGUCGGCAGAUUUACUUAUAAAGGUCAGAUAUCCAUUGACAUACUGCCGGUUGCUGUCAAAAGGGAAGGGCAACGCAUUAACUGUGUGCUUAUGGCUUAUGGCAUUCAUUCCGGUCGGAUAUUUGAUUGUUAUCGUACAAAUAGAACAAAAUAAAAAUAGUUUCGUCCUCAAUGUACUAAACAUUGGUAAUGUGUUUCAGUUGCUUUCUAUAUUAUUCUUUGUUGUUAUUUUGACAUUUAGUAUCGUCUCUUAUUGUACAAUAAGGAGUUUUGUGCGUCGACAGCCUUCGUCUCAAGAUGACACCAGCAGGAAAGCUGCCGUUACUUUCCUUGCCCUUCUCUCCACAUAUUUUGUAUGCUUAUUACCAGUACUUUGGGCUGACGCAUUUUACGACCCAUACCGCAUGGUGUUAGUGAAAAUAUUGCUCCAGAUAUUGUAUGUAUUGAAUACAAUUUUUGAUCCAAUUAUAUAUGCUUUGAGGAUACCGGAAGUCCAGGGUGUAUUUAAUUGUGUAAGGAGAAGAUUUACAUCAGCAACCACUGUCAACACAAGUACGACCAGCCAGUCUUGACUUUACUGACUUAUCGGCCUACAUCCAUAGACAUAUAGCUUGUUUUGUAUCUUUGUUGCAACGGAAUCCACAUCGGAAAUAUGAAUUAUGUUUUAACUCUAGAUUGUCUUUGUUUGUUUGUUUUGUAUGAUUUUGACAAAAAUAUAUGCAAGUCUCCUCUUUAAUUCUCCACCAACACAAUAUUUCAAUAACUAUUGAAAAAAUCUGCAGCCAUCAAAUUUGAAAUUCUUUAUAAUGAAAACAAUAUAGAUAGGAUAUAAAUAUUUUAUAUAACUGACUCACGGAUAUACGGGAGGAUAGGGCAGUCGAAUAAAAACAUGCUAUUAUAUGGUUGGGAAGAAAAUGACAGCCUUCGCUAUAAGAUUAUCAAUUCUUGUGCUACCGAUAAUUUCAGGCAAAAUAAUUACAUAAUUUUGUAAUAAUAAUUCAUGUAUUAUAUAUAAUGUUUUAUAACAUUCGAAUUUGAUAUUGUGAAGUUGAAAUUGUGAAUUCACGAAGUUGUAAUUGUUAUGUUGAAAUCGUGAAUUCGUGAGAUUGAAAUCGUGAAUUCAUGAAAUUGAAAUCGUGAAUUCAUGAAGUUGAAAUUGUGAAUUCGUGAAGUUGAAAUCAUGAAUCAUAAAAAUGUGCAUGAAUCGUGAGGCGUGCUUCUUUAAAAGUAUGAAAAUUUCUAAACCUUUUGAUAUAAUAGUUAAGCAAACACUCAACUUUAUUAUCAUAAUAUGUUAAUAUUUUCAUAUUUAACAAAAAUGUUCCUACUUUUAAAAAAGAAAUUCUUGCCUUGGCUUGAUUAUUGAAUUAGAAUUGAAAAAGAAGUACCAUUAAUAAAAAUAUAGAUUACUUAUUUUUAAAAUAUAAAUGGUCAAAUUUUAGUGAAAGAUAGACCUUAAGACCAUACAGUAAGUAAACAUACACAUAGAAAAGGAAACGAUCUUUAUCCUUUCUUUCUUUUUCUUCUUCUUAUUUUCAUGAUGUAUUUAAUUUGUGGAAAAAAUAUCAAAAAUUAAAUGUUUAGA